AUGGAACUGUUGCGGGGAAUCAAGGAAAAGUGUGGGAUUGUUCUGGCAUGCAGGGUCAAAAGUAAGAACAUUUACGAGAUCACCAUGCAGGAGGGAAAGGGCAAGACAAGGUUAUUAGAUGGCUUCAAAAUCAAAAACACUCGGGUGACUGCCAAGGAAGUUCGCAGCAAUGAAAUUGUUGUUUCAUUUCUAAACUUGCCAUCUUACAUCACUGAUGCUGAAAUUAGACAGAAACUCUCAACGUGGGGCGUGAGGGCGAUUUCGCCCAUCAAAAGAAGGAAAUGGCCUGGGACAGACGUGGUGGACGGGACAAGGUUCUGUAAGGUACAAUUCACGGAACUUGUACAGUCACUGCCCUACUCAACAAAGUUCGAGACACUAGACGGAGGGGAGUACUUCCGUGUGAUCCAUGACAGGCAGGUGAAGGUCUGCAGGCUGUGCAUCCAGCCAGGACAUAUUUUAAGAGAAUGCCCAGACUUCACCUGUUAUAAAUGCAAGCGCCAGGGACACUAUGCUAGGGAGUGUGACUUGCAGGGGGGGAGACGCGGAGAGGAGAGGACGGUGGACACGGAGCCAGCCGGCGGCGGCGAGCGCGUUUCCCGGUCCGAGGAGGAUCAACGACAGCAGGACGAGGACACCGGAGCUGCCAGCGGGGGUGAAAUGACUCCAUCCACCAUCGGCAGCAGUGCGGAUGGAGUGUCCGCCCGGGCGAGUGAACGAAGAGGCGGCCGACCAGGAGAGGUGGAGGCCCCGGAUUGCAGUGAGGCUACACGGGACGGCGGGGCUGCUGCUGCGACUGCUUCACCUAAGGAGCCAGACGAUUCGAGCAUGGAGGUGGUGGAGAUGAGAACAUCGGAGGAAGGAGAGUCGAUGGACUACGAUGCGGUGAAAGCCAGCAGGAAGAGAAUAAUCAAAAGGAGGGACAAAAGGGAGCCAAAAGAGCAGAAGGUAUGAACAAUCGAGCAUCUAUGGAAAGCUGUGUUUUUCUUUUCACCAUUACUAUGGUCAUAAUAACAUCCUUAAAUGCAAACGGCCUAAGGAACAUGACCAAAAUAGAAAGAACGAUUGAACUCUGUAAAUCUGACAUAUUGUGCCUUCAAGAAACGCAUUGGGAUAAUGAACUUGUGGAAACCCUUGGGAAGCUUUGGAAAGGGCCCAUUUUUAUGGACAAUGGGAGUGCGAAGGCAUGUGGAGUGGCAAUCCUUGUCAGAGAGAGGUCUGUUAGUGGUGUCAAGCAAACCUUUUGUGGAGGGAAUGGACGUGUGAUAGCGAUAGAAUUUGUCCACAAUAAAAACACAUACAAAUUAAUCAAUAUAUAUGCACCAAACGUGGAGGAACUGAGAAAGUUUUUUUUUGAGGACUUGGAGGUUCUGUGCACGGGAGAUUGUAUGAUGGUUGGUGACUAUAAUGUAAAAUUAUCAAGACUAGAUUAUUCAAAUAAUGUAAAAUACAGGUAUGAUGGGUCAAGGAACUUUUUGAAAAGCAUGAUGGCAGAACACAAAAUGGUGGACGUAUGGAGGGAGGAAAAUGCAGAACGAAAAGUGUUUUCGCGGAGGCAGGUGGUUAUGGGGACCCUUAGGCAGAGUAGAAUAGACCUCGUCCUAGUUAAGGAAAACAUUGUUAGCCAAAUAAAAGAGGUGAAAUAUACUUUUACCACUCUUAGUGAUCAUGCAAUCCUGUCGCUGAGGUUAAGGGACGCAUGUAUAAGGAAUGUAGGUGGAGGAAUGUGGUGCCUAAACAACAGCUUAUUAAGAGAGGAUUCAUAUAAAGAGAUGAUAGCAAAAUGUAUCAAAGAAGAAAUGGAGAACAGAUUAAACAAAGAUAAUAUUUGUAUUUGGUGGGAAAAUUUGAAAGAAAAAGUUAAAAAGAAAAGCAUAUACUAUGCCAAGCAAAUGAACUUUAGAAUGGAUCAGGUAGAGAAAGAGAUACGAAAUAAAUUAAACGAAGAAGCAGGGAAAGCAGACAAAGAUGGAAAUUAUAAUAUACAAAAUUAUAUGAACUUGAGAAGGCAACUAAAAGUUUUUGAGAAAAAUAAAUGUGAUGGGGCGAUAGUAAGGAGUAGAGUACAGUAUGCUGUAGAGGGGGAAAGGUGCACAGCGUACUUUCUAAACCUGGAAAAAAAUAAACAGGAAAAUAAUUAUAUAAACAAACUACAGAAUGAAAAUGGGGAGAAGGUAAAUGAUCUGGUUAGCAUCUUGAAUACAGUGGAAGGCUUCUAUAAAAACUUAUAUAAAAAAGGGAAUACAGAAAAAGUAUGUAUUGAUGAGGUCUUGAGUGGUGUGGAUGCAAGGAUAUCAGCAGACGAGCAAGACAUGUGUGACAGAGGCAUUACGGUAGAAGAAAUACAAAUAGCAAUUAAAAAUGCAAAAAACAAUAAAAGCCCUGGUUCAGAUGGCCUUAGCAGUGAAUUCUACAAAGAGUUUGCUGAUGUGUUGGCACCCAUACUGCUAAUGGUAUAUCAAAGCAUGGAGGAGGGACAAAUGGUUCCAGAAUCCAUGGCUACUGGGGUAAUCACAAUAUUAUUUAAAAAUAGGGGGAGUAGGUUGGAGUUAGGGAAUUAUAGGCCAAUUAGUUUAUUGAAUAGUGACUAUAAAAUAUUAACGAGGGUUUUAGCGUAUAGGAUUAAGAAGGUAAUGGGAGGAAUAAUAUCACCGACACAGGCAUAUAGUGUCGAAGGGAGAGACAUAGCGGAUAUAAUAGGGACAGUUAGGGACGUUGUUAGGCACAUGAAAGAACAGUCUGGGAUUGUGUUGAGUAUAGAUUUGAAUAAGGCUUUUGAUAGAGUGGAGCAUGAGUUCUUGUUUCGGACUAUGAAAGAAUUUGGGUUUGGGGAUAGAAUAGUGAGUUGGAUCAGGCUGCUGUAUAAGGAAGCUAAGAGUAGGGUCAAAUGUAAUGGUCUGAUGACGGACACCUUUGCUUUGGAGAGGUCAGUGAGACAGGGCUGUCCUUUAUCAGCACUGUUGUAUAGCAUGUCUAUUGAACCCUUUGCUGUCCUUAUAAAAAAGGAUAGUAAUAUAAAAGGAAUACAAAUACCAGGUGAGAAAAUUAAUAUAAUUCAACAAUAUGCGGAUGACAUGACAAUAACAGUAGAAAAUAUGGACAGCAUCAAUAUAAUUAUGAAACACAUGGGAACAUAUGGGAGGGCAGCAGGGGCUAAAGUGAAUAUAGAAAAAUCGGAACUAAUGUGUAUAGGUCAGGAGGGGGAUAGGGUUGACAGUAUGAUUGCAUUUAGAGUGGUGGACUGCAUCAAAGUUUUAGGAGUAAACAUAGGUCCAAACGAAAAGGAAGCAAGAGAUAUCACUUGGACAGGAGUGAUAAAUAAGAUAAAACACACUUUAAAUGCAUGGAAGCAGAGGAAAUUGAAAUUAAAAGGUAAGGUAAUAGUUGUUAAUUCCUUAUUAUUAUCCAAAUGUGUGUAUGUUUUGGGCGCACUAGAUCUUCCGGUAUGGGUUCUAUCCGAAUUAAAUCAGCUGACUUCAAACUUCUUGUGGGAUGGGAAGGGUGUGAGGAUAUCCCACAAAACGUUGAUAGCAGGGUACAGUGAGGGAGGGUUAAAACUGGUGGACAUUGACACAAAACGUAAAGCACUGAGGGUUAAAACAGUGAAGAAGUAUCUCCAUGAUGUGAAUGACUAUGGGUGGAAACAAUUCUUUAAAAUGUAUGUUCAGAUGGCUGGUAGAUGUGGAGAGAAUAGUCUGCUUAUGGUUUUGAAAGAACCAAUGUAUGAAAAAGUGCCUUUUUUCUACCAAGAGGUGUUCAGAGCGUGGGGAGAAUUCCUACCCAACAUAUCAUACAACUGUAGUAAUGUAACCGAAGUAAUGAAUAAACCCGUUUUUCUCAAUCCUAUAAUACAGCAUAACAACAAAAUGCUAUACAAUAAGGUUUUCAUGGAUGCAGGAAUUAGGCAAGUAAAGGACAUGGUCUAUGAGUUUGUGCCUGGGUUUCUGCCUGGGCAGGCAAUGGUAGACUGCGUAAGAGAAUGGGAUGAGGAUGCUAGGAGAGAUAUGAUUGUAAAAAUGUAUGAUAUAAUUAAGGGGAGUAUGCCUGUAGACUGGAGGUAUUUGAUUGAGAGAGAGUGUGUGAGGACAGGGGAUGGACCUUUACCUAAACUAGUGUUUGUUAAAAAUGAUGCAAAUAAAGAGUUUAAAGAAUUAAAAGUAAAAAACAUAUAUUUAGAACUGAUAGCGAAACUGUUGAAAAGACCGGCAUCAGAACAAAUGUGGGAGAGGGUUCUGCCAGGUAUGAAUGUACAGUUGAUAUGGGAAAACCUCCAAAUCAAAUAUAAUGCAAUAGAAUGUGAAAACAAUGACUUCAUGACGAGACACAACAGGAUCUAUGUAAACACGGUGCUGCAUCAGAUUAACAAAGAGAACAAAAGAGAAUGUGACGUGUGUGAAACUGAGCCAGAAGACUUGUUACAUAUAUAUAUCCGAUGUGAUUGUCUACGUAGUUUUGUUUUGAAGUUAAAGGAUAUGCUGUUUAAAAACUGGGAAAAGGGUUUUGUAAAGGCAUAUGAAUGGAACAAAAUGUUGCUGUUUGGAGUAAAUGGGAAAAGGAAAGAUGUGAAUGUUCGUUUGUUUAAUUUUGUGUUAAGCCACGUAAGGUAUGCUAUUAUGUCAAGAAGGAAUCUUGCUCAUUUUGAGGGGAAAAGGGUUCAUGUGUGGGAUUUGUUUGAAUCGGUUGUCAGGAGAAAUGUGGGUUUGAUCUUUAAAUAUGGUGCUGAGGACUUUGCUGAAUGUUUUAUUGACGGGUGUGGCUUUAUAUCUGUAACAUCGGAAGGGAAACUAGCAUUUAAUUUCUGAGUGUGCCUCUAUGUUUAUCAGGCGCACGUGUUAUUAUUAAGUGAUUUAUUUUUCUUUCUUUUUUAUCAUUUUUUGAGUUUUGUUAUCCCUUAACAUGAAUGUGAUUCCUGGGUGUAUGUCAUUGUUUUGUGUAAAUAUUUACAGAUGAAUGUCUUUUGUAUAUAUAAAUUGGUAUUUUUGAUAAUAAAAAAAUAAAUAAAAAAAAAAGCACGCCCGAUCUCGUCUGAUCUCGGAGGCUAAGCAGGGUCCGGCCUGGUUAGUACUUGGAUGGGUGACCCCCUGGGAAUGGCUGAUGACCCCCCAAAGUCCCUAUCCCUCAACCCAGGGAUCGCUCAUAAAGGAUCGAGAAUCAAAACGGACGGCUCCAUGUGGUGGCCACCGGUGGGAGGUUUUAUUUCCAGAAAUAUUAUGUGCAAGGCCUAGAUUAUCAAAAUCCGCUAGUCUGCUGAAUGUUUUGUUUAUUAUUUUCAUACUUUGAGUUGAUGUAGCUGAUGAGAUUCAUAUUAUCAAGUGGAAAAGUGUUUAAUUGUUACAUUUUUGGGCUGAAUUAAGAAAAAUAAUAAGAAUG